CCGGCGGCCGCGGAGGCGCCGACGCCGGGCGGCACCCCGAGCGGCCGGGCCCCGGCGCCGGUCGCGGACGCGCCCGAGGAGGGGCGCCUCGGCGUCCCCUACGUCAGCCGGCCCCGCUUCCGCGAGGAGUUCCGGCGCGUGCGGCUGCUCGGCCGCGGCGGCUUCGGCGAGGUGUGGCGCUGCGAGCGCGCCGCGGACGGGGUGGAGGUCGCGGUGAAGGUCGUGCGGUACCGGACGGGUGGCGCUGUCGGCAAGAGCGUCGAGCAGCACGUUCUGCGCGAGGUGGAGGCCCUGAGGCUCCUCGGGGGCCACCCGAACGUGGUGCGCUACCACCGGGCGUGGAUCGAGCCGGACGCCGGCGGCGAGGCGGCCCCCGGGCCCCGGCCGUCGCCGCUCUGGGCGCCGCCGCCCUCCCCGGCCGUGCAGCCGCUGGGGCCCCCGGCGGCGCUCGAGGGCCCAGGCAUCUUCUCCAGUGUGUCGUGCCCCAGCGACGACGACUCCAGCCUCUUCAGCUCGGACGAGGGCUCUGCUGGCAGCCGCGUGGUGUUCUUCAAGUCCGUCGAGGACGGGGCGGAGGUGGCUUCCCCCACGUUGCCGACAGCGCCAGCGUCGAACGAGAUUGCAGCCCCGUUGGCAGAGGCCGCUGCGGCUCCGAACGCGGGCCGAUGCACAGGCGGCACGGCUGCCGCCGCCGAGCAGGACCACCACGUAUCGCGGAGCCCCGUGCAGGACAGGGACCAGAGCCCCGAUUGCUUCGCGACGCUGUAUAUACAGGUCGAGCUAUGCGAGGAAGAGACGCUGCAGGGCUGGAUUGGCAGCCGCAACGCCUGGUGCGCCGACGGCGGCCGCCUGGACGCGGACACGCCAUGGCAGGGCCGCAGGCCCGUAGACAUCACUCUCCAGUGCGCUCGGGCCCUGGCGCACAUGCACAGCCGCUCCUGCGUGCACAGGGACGUGAAGCCCUCCAACGUUCUGUUCGCCCUGCGCAGCGGCGCCGUGCGGCUGGGCGACUUCGGCCUUGCAAAGGUGGUCCAGCGGCACCAGGACCCAAGGGAUAGCCCCGCUGGCACAAGUGGCGGUUCGCCUUCGAAAGCGUCGCGGCGGGGCUCGCGGGGCACCAUGGGCACGCCCUCCUACGCGAGCCCUGAGCAGCUGUCCGGCGGCCCGCUGGGGGCGGCGACGGACGUGUACGCCUUGGGCCUGGUUCUCGCAGAGCUCAUCUGUCCUGUGCGCACACAGAUGGAGAGGGCCGCGGUGCUCGAGGGGCUCCGUGUACACCGCCGCGUGCCGCUGGGCCCGGCGGCCACCUUCCCCGAGCUCGCGCGUCUUGCGGUGAGGAUGACCGACCCGGAUCCCGUGCAGCGGCCCACUGCCAACGCCAUCCUGCGCCGCCUGCGCAGGGCCCGCCGCAGGGCCCGCGGGGCCGAGGGCGCCGGCGCCGCAGACGCGCCACCGGCAGGCACCUCUGCUGCCGCGGCCCGCCCGCCCAAUCUUAAGGGACGGCCCUCGCCGGCACCUCCACGCUGCAAGCAGCGCCGCUCCCGCCGCGAGGGGCCCGCCGUUGGCCGCGCGCACUCCCAGCGGCCCUGGCCGCAGCAGCAGCAGCAGCAGCAGCAGCAGCAGCAGCAGCAGCAGCAGCAGCAGCGGGUGCCUCGGCGCGCGCCACUCCUGGCGUCGCGCGCGCCCUGCGCGGCACUGGCCACGCAGAGGCGGUGGCCUCCCCGUGUGUGCCCGGCGCUUGCGGCCUCGUGAGGGCGGAGGAGCUGGACCGCGUGGCGAGAGCUGGCUCACACUUCGACGAGUGGCCAGUGGCGCCGAUGUUUAGCGUGCGGGCGCGCCCUCGUCCGAUGCGCUGCUGUGCAGACGUGCCAGCGGAAGGCAGGAGUGCCGAGGGUGCCUGCGGCGAGUCGCCGCCCCCCCUGCCUUCACGUGAGCUCCCGUGCCGUGCAGUGUUGCGUCGUGAGGCGUCCCGCGGGCGUGCGGCCACGCCAGUGGACUGCGUGUGUCCCCCAGCUGCUGGGGAAAUCACUGGGGCAACACUGCGGAGGGGAGAGCUAGCACAGGCCACCGGCAUCAUCGUAUAUCAUGUUCGAG